AUGGACACCGUACCUUCACCGCUUGUCUCCCAGCUGUGUAGCCUUCUUCACAAUCCAGCCUUUUCAGCGCAACUUGAGUCGGCCGUUGAGGCUCUAAGGCGGAGCGUCGAGAGCAGUCAAGCGUGUGUAACUGGCGAAUGCGGUGCAAAAGAGACUGCCAGUCUCCAGCUACACCUCAGAAUUGAGAAUUCACUACGCACUGAUAGAGCGAGCUCGGCGGCACAGACGCGGGAAGUUUUCUUAGGCUGCAUCGAUCCCGGAAGUAGAAAGCUGCUGUUGCCACCGCCAGUUCCCCCGGCUCACCGAGAAAAUACCUCUCGCAGUCCGGACUCACACUGUUCCCCUCAUGAAGCAGAUAAUCAUUCAUGCAAACGGCGCAAGACCGUAGGCGGACUCCGACUAGCUCGAAAGGAUGCUUCUAGGCAGACUCAACCGGACGGUAGCGAUAAUAGCACCUCUCCCUCUAAUGCGGCUGAUUCGCAUGCUCCCGGUCAAUUUGUACGACAAGUUCACAGUGACACUAGAUUUCCGCUGCGGAAAAAAUCAGGAGAGGGGUUACCAUUGCCUGUGCUACAACCGACAUCUGCUGAUAAGCUCAUAGCUGGAAUAUGGCGACAGCUGCACUCACCGGUCCAGCUGAGUCGUUUUUCUUCAAUUAUAGAGCCCAGUGUCGAUAUCCGCACAGCUAUCAGCGUCGAGGUAUUCCACGAGAUAAGCACUUUAUGUCUGAAGUACUACAAUCAAAGCCAGUCUUCCCGUGCUCUAGAAAUGAUUGUUCAGACAUACUGGGUAGAAUGUUUCGAAGCUCGAGUCGCCGUUAUGCUAUGUGAGAACGAGGAACUCUCAACAACCGAAGCGCGAAUGAUGGUGUUGAAGGAGGCUUGCAUAAUCCUGAAAUGGAAAGAAAAAGAUCUUCGCAAUCGAAUGGCUAUUUGGCGAGGUUACAAAGAAAUCAAGGAUGCAGGCGGUUGGGCUAGCCUCAUCUUCGCUAGUACGGGUGUAUACCGCUUUUGCAAAUAUCGCACAGGAUUUGCUGAGGGAUUGUCCUCACGCUUGAGGCGCAUUCGAUCCAGUUUUGAGGUGGCGGCUGACACUCUCCAUCCGGGAUGGCGGGACCUCCUUCAGGUCAUCAAACAAGACACACCGCAUCUUUACCACGGCCAUCCCCACGAGUGGGUAAUAAUGCCAGACAGUACAGCAGUACCUCUAGCUUCGACGUACAAGCACCUUCAGCUCCCUAACGGGUUCCAGUAUUGCUUCAUCGAUGAGUGUGUGCUAGACCGCGAAGUAUUUGGUACCGAGGACCCACGCCGAGGUUCCCAUAAAGAUCCCGAAAUAUGCCUCGUAUGCAAGAAGAGGCAAUCGGAUGACAUAAAAGAGAAUCAAUGCAUGUGUUUUCCGAAUUUGUUUGGUGGUGUUCGAGGUCCAGUACCGGUGCAACUUUUUCGCACCACGACUGGAAAGAACAAUGGGGUCAUCGCCCGUUGCAACUUUGAUCGUGGCACAGGCGUAUCUAAGUUCACGGGCCUCAUCACGAGAGGCAUUGAGGGUCUAGAUGUUAUGGUAGGCGGUUCACGCAACAGCACCUAUCAGAUUUUCCAGGGGGACAUGGGUAACUUCACCCGAUUCAUCAAUCACUCCUGUCGACCGAAUAGCCAGUUCCAAAAGUUUUGGUGGCUGGGAGUGGAGCAAAUCAUUGUGGUUUCACGUGGUAUUGUUGCGGGAAGUGAGAUUACAGUGGAUUAUUCAAAUCAUUACUGGAGACAGCUGGAUAAAAAAUGCCUGUGUGGAGAGCCGUGCUGCCGUUUCAAGGGAAUUGAACCCUAG